UCAUCAGUGGACUGGUCCAGCAGCUAUACCACCACUCUCCCCAAAAAAACACACACACUAGCAGCAACAGGACACACACACACUUAAGAGUGAGACAGAGAAGUUUUGCCUUGUCUUCUUUGUCUCCUCUUCUUCAUCUAUUUCAUGCCAUUUUCUGCUGUUUUAAUACAUAAAACCCAAAGAAAACUUUACUUUCUCGUUCUUUUUUCUUUUGAAGUUUGAAGAUUAGAAGCUAGAAAAAUGUCUUCUGAUAUGUUUGUGUUUGAUGAAUCAUAUUACUCAAGUUUAGCAACAAAUUUGAUUUCUCCUGAAGAAAUUUCUGGUAAUUUUUUCACUGACCCACUUUCAACUCUUUCUGAUUCCUCCAUUGAUAGCUUCUUCCAUGAAUUCUCCGACGAUCACAACAACAACAACAACAACAACAACUUUCAAAACACUGUUGAAGCUCAAUCUAUUGACCAAAUUACCCAAACUAACCUUUUCUCCAUUUCUCCUCCAAGUCAACAAUUAGAAACACUUUCACUUCAACAACAACAACAACAACAACAACAACAAAGUCAUCAUUUGGGUAGUUUGGUAAAUGUGUUUAGUGAAAAUUACUCUGUUGUUUCAGAUACUAUAAAAACAGAGGAUUUUCAUAUGGGUUUUGAUUAUCCUCCUAGAAACUACACUUCUUAUGUUCUUGGAAGUAACAACAACAACAACAACAACAAUUACAGCAACAGUUAUGAUGGUAGUGAAAGUAUGCUUAAAUUUAUGCAAAGGAGUUACAGUAGCAAUUCAUUUGAAGGGAAACCAAAUUUUUGGUUUCAACCUAAGUUUAAUCCUCUAUUAGAAGUUCAGAAUUUUCAACCUGAAUUUGAUACCUCUCUUUCUAAUGGUCAAAUCAGAAGAGUUUGUAGUACAGGAGAUUUACCAAAGGUAGGUCGAGUAUGUUCAUCAGCAAGUCCGUUAUCAGGCGUUGGAGAAGAAAAUAUGAUGGAAGAAUCAAAUUUCAAGGUGGGAAAGUAUAGUGCAGAAGAAAGAAAAGAAAGGAUUGAUAGGUACAGGGCAAAGCGUACUCAAAGGAAUUUUAACAAAACUAUCAAGUAUGCAUGCCGAAAAACGCUAGCCGACAAUAGGCCAAGAAUACGUGGCAGAUUCGCUCGGAACGAUGAGACUGGAGAGAUUCCAAAACCUUCGUGUUAUAAUCGUUAUGAAGAUGAAGAUGAUCUUUGGGUUGAUAAUUUGCAAGAAGAAGACGAAGAAGGAAUAUUAGGUAGAGGAGGGGGACGAUUCCUGAGCAAUUUUGGAGCUACUCAUCACUUUCAAUACUGUGGUUAUUGAUAAUGCUGCAGCUAGCACAGAAAAUUUCAUCAAAAAACCUCUUUUUUUUUUUUAUUUCCCUUUACUUCCGCCGUUUCAUAACACUCGCUACACUUUCUAUUGUGGGAAGUUUCAUAUUACUUGCUACACUUUCUUUUGGGCCAAUAAACUCUCUCUAUGGAUCUCUUUUCUUUUCCCUCUAUACCUUUCUCUUCUCCAAAAAUUGCCUAAAAGUCCGUGAAUUGAAAAGUGUAGCAAGUAACAUAAAACGAAGGAAGUAUAACAAUAUUAUGUGGGUAGUUUUAGGUAGUGACAAGUGAUAUAAAUUGACCUUAUAUUAAAGUCCUCAAAAUGAAAGGUGUAACAAAGACAGAGAAAGAGGCUUUAAAUAAGUCACAGAAAAGUGGGUAGAAGAGCUUAAUAUUUCUGAUGAAAGUUUGUUGGGGAUCAUAUAAAAAUAACUUAUGCAGUCUACAAGUAGGAAGAAAAACUGAAGGAGCAGUAAAUUUCUCUUAGCAUGCAUACUUUAUUUUUGUUUGACUGCUCAUUAAUUUUUCCAUUUCUUGUUUUAAUGCUCCUUUCUACUUGGGAGGGUACCCACCUAAGUCACAACUCGCAACUACCUGCAGAAGCAUUUGCUCUUUCCCCUCUUUCACAAAAACUUUGUCACUCAAUAUGUAAUUCUGACCAAUCUGUACAUAAACAGUGAAUUUCACUGAAUAAAUAUAAUUGUUAGUCCAAAGUAUUUAUGUUA